AUGGCAGGCGAUUCAAAUUCGCCGCUAAAGGCCAAUGGCAAGCGGAAGCUGGACCCAGAUAUCGAAGUUGACAUAAACGCGCCGGAGCCUCCCUCAAAGAAAGCUCUUCGAAAAGCGAAGAAAAAGUCAGUGUCCGCUAAAAUCGACAUUACCCAGUCAACGGGGCUACAGCCCAAAGCUCAAGACGUCCCAAAAGAACUUACAAAGAAACGGAGUGGUUUUGGAAUUUGGAUUGGGAAUCUACCCUUUUCCGCCAGCCAAGAUAACCUACUGCAGUUUUUCACAACGCUGGGAUCUUUCAAUGCUAAUGAGAUUAUUCGAAUACAUCUCCCCAACGGGGAGAAGAGGAAUGGAAAGCAGCAAAAUAAAGGAUUUGCAUAUAUCGAUUUUUCUACAAGCGCUGCGGUCCCACGUGCCAUUGCUCUGAGCGAGAAGCUACUGCUCGGACGCGCGGUACUCAUCAAAGAUGCGAAUAACUUCUCUGGACGCCCCGAAAAGAGCGGAGACAAUAAGGAUGACAGUGCCAGAAGGCCAGGCAACCCGGCCUCUAACAAGAUAUUUGUCGGAAACCUAGGAUUUGACGUCACGAAACAGAUACUAGAGGAGCACUACAAGUCCUGUGGUGGUAUUAGCCAUGUCCACCUUGCCACCUUUGAAGAUUCUGGCAAGUGCAAGGGAUAUGGUUGGGUGGAGUUCGACGAUCUAGAUGCUGCCGAAGCCGCAGUUCGUGGAUUUGUCAGAGUCCCAGAUGGCGAACACAUAGAAGUCAACGAGGAAUCGCUAGCACACGUGGAGGCAGAACAUGGAGAAAAGACAAAAAGGAAGCUAAAGGAGAAAAAAAUGUGGGUGAAUCGUCUGAUGGGGCGCAGUCUGCGGGUUGAUUUUGCUGAAGACAGCAGCACUCGGUACAAAAAACGUUUUGGAAAAGAAGGCUUCGACCGACGGCCGCAGCCUCCUACAAAUGGUGGUGGAGUCCAAGACGGCUCUUUACCCCCAACUGACGAGGUUCCUAGGGAGAACCAUUAUGAAUCUUGGAGGGGUGAAAGGCGUACACAGUUGAGGCCUAAAGGCAAGAAGGUCGGCUCUGGAGGUCGAUAUUCUGAAGAGACUGUGCAGCGGCUUAGCGGUGCGAUUGUCGAAGCUGAGGGCAAGAAGAUUAAAUUUGAUUAA